AAGAUUUAUUAUUCGAAUUAUUAAUUUUGAAUAUAUUUUUAUACUCCAUUAAAUUUAUUUAAAUUAACACAAAGGUUUAUUGAUGAUUUACUGAGUCUUUACGUGUUUACCUAUAUUUUAUGAAACAAUAAACUCGUUAUUUAUAACCUCUACAUAAGUAUUUUUAUAUUUUAACAAAUAAAAUAAAGCACCAGCAACUGCGUUAUCAUUAACAGCGAAAAAUACACUAAGGGCAUUAGAUAAAAAAUAAUAUUUAUUAUUCUUCUGAAGUAAAUAAAUUAUCAACAAUGGAACGACGAGCUUCUACGGAAGAAAGUCUUAAGAUCAUCUGGCAUGAUCUUAAAUGUGAGGAGAUGGACCGAUUAGAAGGAACGCAUUUUUACGGACAGCGAGCACAUAUAUUUAUAACACUUGGUGCAUCAGGUGAUUUGGCGAAGAAAAAAAUCUAUCCAACUCUCUGGUGGUUAUUCCGCGAUAAUUUAUUACCAAAAACCACAACAUUCUUUGGUUACGCGCGUAGUAAAUUAACUCUGCAGGAUUUGCGUGACAAGUGUCACCAGUACAUGAAAGUAAAGCCCGGAGAGGAAGAAAAGUACGAAGCAUUUUGGAAACUAAACUAUUAUGUCCAAGGACCGUAUGACUCUGAUAAAAGUUUUGAGCAUUUAAACAGCGAGUUGAUGAAGUUUGAAAAUGGUUCUGAAGCAAAUAGAUUAUUCUACUUAGCUCUUCCACCUUCAGUUUUCGAAGAAGUUACCGUGCAUAUUAAAAAUAAGUGUAUGGGUAAAAAAGGUUGGACUCGAAUAAUUAUCGAGAAACCGUUUGGUCGCGACGCGCCAUCAUCUCAGCGUUUGUCAGAUCAUCUGGCUUCUCUGUUCAACGAAGAACAAAUCUACCGAAUAGACCAUUAUCUAGGAAAAGAAAUGGUCCAAAAUUUAAUGACUCUCAGGUUUGGUAACAGAAUAUUCAGCCCUACUUGGAAUCGCGAUAAUAUCGCGUCGGUACAAAUUACUUUUAAGGAGCCUUUUGGUACGCAAGGACGAGGUGGAUAUUUUGACGAAUUUGGGAUAAUACGAGACGUGAUGCAGAAUCAUUUGCUGCAAAUUUUGUCUCUAUUUGCUAUGGAAAAACCAGCUUCUUGUUGUCCCAAUGAUAUAAGAAAUGAAAAAGUUAAAGUUUUGAAAUGUAUUAAGCCAUUGGAGCUUGACGAUGUAGUUCUAGGACAAUAUGUUGGUGAUCCUGAUGCAGAAGAUCCUGAAGCCAAACUAGGAUAUCUUGACGAUCCAACAGUUCCAUCCAAUUCGACGACUCCAACUUACGCAGCUGCGGUUUUAAAAAUAAAUAACGAGCGAUGGGACGGCGUUCCAUUUAUUCUUAAGUGUGGAAAAGCAUUGAAUGAACGUAAAGCAGACAUACGGGUGCAAUAUCGAGAUGUACCUGGAGAUAUAUUUGACGGAAAAGCUAAAAGAAAUGAAUUAGUCAUCAGAGUUCAACCGGGUGAAGCUCUGUACAUUAAGAUGAUGACUAAAACCCCAGGAAUAACAUUUAACAUGGAAGAAACCGAGCUAGAUCUCACUUAUGACAAAAGAUACAAGAAUAUAAAGCUUCCUGAUGCUUAUGAACGAUUAAUAUUAGACGUAUUUUGUGGAUCUCAAAUGCAUUUCGUACGAAACGACGAACUAUCGGAAGCAUGGAGAAUAUUCACUCCUCUGCUUCAUCAAAUUGAAAACGAAAGAAUCCCUCCGAUUCCUUACAAGUACAAAUCUCGUGGACCAAAAGAAGCCGAUGCAAUGGCUAAGAAAAAUAAUUUCGUGUACUACGGAUCUUAUAAAUGGCCAGAACAUCGUUAAUUAUAUAUAUAUAUAUAUAUAUAUAAUUUUUUAUAAUUGAUUA